UUAGCUUGAAAUAUUCUCGAUAUAGAAAGAGAAUCUUGAGAUAGUAUAAGGAUGUUUAAAUCUGCGUCUCUCUCUUUUUGUUGUUGAGAGGAGAUCUCACUUGAUAGAGAGUCCGGUUCUUGAAAAAAAAAAAGAACUCCGCCCCUCAGUUGUUUUUGUUUUCUCUUGCAUGAUAUAGGGUCCUCAGAUCAGCAUAACAUGAUCAUGGUCAUAGCGAAGGAGAAGAAGAUUACAGAUAAAUCGAACCAUCUUCAACCGGAAUCGUUCAGAAGAAAAAUCCGUCUUAUCUUCAACGAUGCCGAUGCUACGGACUCGUCCUCCGAGGAAGAAGAGGAUAGAGGGAUGAUGAGAAAGAGCAACAAACGUAUAAUUCAUGAAAUCCUUAUCAGCCCCUCCCGCUCCUUUUCCACUUUCUUUACUCCUGUAUCCAAAACCCGAAAGAUUCAAACCUUGAAAUCGAUGGAUUCUUCUACGGGUACUCGUAAGUAUAAAGGUGUUAGGCAGCGGCGGUGGGGAAAGUGGGCGGCAGAAAUUAAAGAUCCAAUCAGAGGUGUGAGGCGCUGGCUCGGCACCUAUGACACCGCCGAGGAAGCAGCCGACGCCUAUCAGGCCGCGGUGAGUCGUAUGCUGGAGGAGAAGCAGCAGCUCCUCCGCCCUUCGAUAUCUCCUACCUCCUCAGCAUCUGAGAUUUCUGAGGUCACUUUUUCCGCUCCCUCUCCGUCCGCUCCCUCUCCGUCCUCCGUUCUCGAUCUCUCUGUCGCUGAGGUUAACGUGGCCGUUGAAGAGGUGAUGCACACCAACAAUUCUAUUUCUCAUGGGGCGGAUGUGGUGGAUGCGAUGGAGGAGGAGUUUUUCGAGCACCGUCAAUUGGUGAAGCCGGAGUUUGAUUUUCGGCCGGAGUUUGAUUUUGGGCUGGAUUCCGAUGUUUUUCUUUUUGGCUCCCUCAGCGGAGAGUUUCUAGGACUUAAUGACCUUCCAUGGGAGCCCUCGUUCGAGGAUCUCGAUUGCUCCUUCUUAGAGAGUCCAAUGGAAAAUGUUGUAUUUUGAACGUCAUAGUAUUUAAUAUUUUUUUUGAUUUAAUUAUAUAAAAAAAUCUGAAAUUUUUUCAAUUCA